GAGCUCCGCCGAGCCGAGCCGAGCCGGGCCGGGCCGGGCCGGGCCGGGCCGGGGCCGCCCCCCGCCAUGAAGGGCCGGCGGCGGCGGUGGUGCUGGUGCUGGCGGGGGGAGCCGCGGCGCUUGGCCGUGGCGCUUGGGCUGUACACGCUGCUGCUGCUGCUGCUGGUGCCCUACGCGCUGGACUACGGGGCCAGGCGGGCGCGGGCGGACGAGGAGCCGCUGCUGCGGCGCUGCCCCAGCCUGGAGGAGGCGCUGAGCGAGUGGGGCUGGGAGCAGCGCCCGGCGCCGACGGGCGACGAGGAGGACGAGGAGGAGGAGGAGGGGGAGGACGGAGGGGCGGCGGGGAACGGCACCGGGGCGGCGGCGGGCAAGCGGCACAUCUACCUGCACGCCACCUGGCGCACGGGCUCGUCCUUCGUGGGGGAGCUGUUCAACCAGCACCCCGACGUCUUCUACCUCUACGAGCCCAUGUGGCACCUGUGGCAGGCGCUGUACCCCGGCGACGCGCUCAGCCUGCAGGGCGCCCUGCGCGACAUGCUGCGCUCCCUCUUCCGCUGCGACUUCUCCGUGCUGCGCCUCUACGCCGCCCCGGCCGGCCCCCGCGACCCGCUGGCCCCCGGCUCCCCCAACCUGACCACGGCCGGCAUCUUCGGCUGGCGGACCAACAAGGUGAUCUGCUCGGCGCCCCUCUGCCCCGCCGCCCCGCGGCCGCGCAGGGAGGUCGGCCUGAUCGACGGCGCCGCCUGCGAGCAGCGCUGCCCGCCGCGGGCGCUGCGGGAGCUGGAGGCCGAGUGCCGCAAGUACCCGGUGGUGGUCAUCAAGGACGUGCGGCUGCUGGAGCUGGGCGCCCUGCUGCCGCUGCUCAGGGAGCCCGGCCUCAACCUGCGCGUGGUGCAGCUCUUCCGAGACCCCCGCGCCGUCCACAACUCCCGCCUGAAGGCCAAGCAGGCGCUGCUGCGGGAGAGCAUCCAGGUGCUGCGCAGCCGGCACCGCGCCGAGCCCCGAGGGCCGCCUCGACCGAGGGGACCCCCCGGCCCGCUGGCCCCCGGGCUGCUGGGCGCAGGUCGGGCACCGCCGCCGCAGCACCGCGCCGAGUUCUUCCUCGGCGGAGCGCUGGAGGUCAUCUGCCAGGCCUGGCUGCGCGACCUGCUGCUGGCACGACGCGCCCCGUCCGGGCUGCGUCGCCGCUACACGCAGCUGCGCUACGAGGACCUGGUGCGGGAGCCCCGCGCCCAGCUGCGACGCCUGCUGCGCUUCGCCGGACUGCCCGUGCCGCCCGCCAUGGAGGCCUUCGUGGUCAACAUGACCCGCGGCGAGGCGUACUCCUCCGAGCGGCCCUUCCUCAUCUCCCCCCGCGACGCCCGCGAGGCCGUCCACGCGUGGCGGGAGCGCCUCAGCCGCCAGCAGGUGCGGCAGGUGGAGGCGGCGUGCGGCGAGGCCAUGAGCCUGCUGGCCUACCCGCUCAGCGCCGACGACGGGCGGUAGCAGCCCCGGGACCAACGUCAGGAUGCCCUGCAGCACGGGGCCCGGGCUGAGACAGGAGAGUGGCGGCCUCAUGGGCCUCUGCCUUGGCGUUGAUGGACAUGUUGGCAUUGGCAUCGGUGAACAUGUUGGCAUUGGCCUUGGCGUUGGCACAGGGAGGGAGGGAGGGAGGUCUGAGCUCCCGCUGGGUGCUGAGGGGUCAGGGAGCGCGGCUGUCAAGGUGACGAUGGAAGGGACACGUUUUUGAGGUGUUCGGUAAGAGAAGCCCUCGGGGGACAGCGCCGGACUCUGAGGCCCCCUAGACGUGAAACUGCGACCCCAUGCCAAUAGUGGGGGUUGUGUAAAAAGAAAACAAGAAUGCUGUGUUAAAUUUUGAAAAUCCCCCGGACAACAACUCUCAGUAAGGAAUCGGAGGACUCAAAAGUUAUUAACGUAAGAGGAUCACCCUUUCCAGAGCAUGAAAACACGUUGUGUUCCACUGUAUUGCUCUUAAAACACUUAAAGGAGGCUUCUGUGAAAUUCAUGGUUUUUAUGCACGGUCUGACUGCCAGAGUCUUGCCCGCACCACGGGAGGAUGUCCCACCGAGGGAGGAAGCCUUGGUGUUGGUGCUUGCUGAGCUCGUAGCCCGUGUGAGCUCUGUCUGUGUGGGUGGCUUCGUCUCUUUCCCGUUCCUAGUUGCAGUUCCCCUCUGUCCCUUGGAGCUCUUGGGUAUUUGGUUGUAGGAGCGGGGAAGGUGUUCGGAUGCUUAAGUGUUUUGGAGAUAUUUGUUUCAGAAAUAAUAACUUUUCUAAAGAAAUCUGUAACCCUUUUGUAAAGUAGGUUAUUUUAGUACAUUCCUGUAGCUUCAUGGUGAUAUUAAUGUGCAAUACAGGUGACUAACAUGUUUUUUGCAGACACCCGUAGAGAUAACAGUAGCUGGAAGGUGAACUCUUGAUACUUCCAUUUUGUUUCCUCAACUGGAUGAGAGAAUCACUUUUCUUCCCUAACUUCCUGACUGAUACAUUGUGCUGUGCGCAGGUUCCCCUGCUCACAUCCCUUCCAAACAAUAACAUCCUCUCAGCUGGUAACUCGUGUGCUUGGACAAAAGCAAGUGCUUCCUAACAGGGCUGAGCAAAUUCAUCUUGGCAAAAGGAGCUCCCAAAUAAAAGUUUGUAUUUAACGGGGAAAAAAAGAAAAAAGAGAAAAAAAAACACUCUAACUUUCAUUUUGGAUUUUCAAAUGAUAUUUUUCUGCAGACUUCGUGGAGCUUGUGAGAAGGGUGUGUGUGUGUGUGUGUAUAUGGAAGCAUCUUCAUUCUGUUUCUCAAUGCAGGGAUAAGAGGUUUAAAUGUAACGUGAGGACACAGCGCUGUAACUCGUUACGGACUGCUUUUGAGUCCGUUCCAAUCUGACAGCGUCUCAGUGGCACUGCAGGAGUAUACGAGGCUGUGGGGACGCUUACAUGCAGUCCUCCAACACAAAGUGAGAACACGAACUUCAAACUGAGGAUAAUCCAGGCUCAAGAACAAAGCUAUAUUUAUAUAAGUGCUGGAAAUAAAGGCAGUUCAAAGGAGUUACGCUGUCUUACAACAAACAUUCGCAUUGCACUGUAGUUGUUCAUGCUUUGCAUAUUGCGCUGUAAAACAUGCCAGUGUGUUAGGGUGAACCUUAAUUUAUUUUAGCUCUUUUCCUUCCUCAGCCUUCCCACCCAAGGGUACAUUAGCAGUAGAAGCAUUGGUGCUGUCAUUGUCUGAGGAAAAGUGCAGGCAUAAAAGUGUUUUUGAGUAAAUCAAUUAAUUUCAUGGUAGCAUGCAUCAUACAGUUGUGCAUCCUUUGGUUUCUGCUUGAGGUAAAAAUUGCAGGGGCUCAUUUUGGACUGAAACGACCUUUGUAUUAUCUAAGGGAUGUUUCUGUGUUCUGCUGUAGGUACACGUGAGAGCAGAAUCUGUCUCUGGGCGUUCUGGUGCUGUUUAGCAGUGGGAUUUGUUUAGAUGAACGAUACCUGUCCUGAUGCCUUGAUAACCUGUGUCGGGUAGCCUAAUUUGGAAAACACCCAGCCUGGCUUGUAUGGACAGGUUUGGGAAGAAAAUACGAUUUAAUCGCAUGCCAAAAGACAGUACGGUACUUAUUUCCUUACAUCAGAUGGGAGAUCAAAAUGCAGGAUAGCUUGCCGAUUUGUUUUUCAGCACGUUGCAGUCACAGGGUUGUACAGCGCGGUUGUCGAGCAUUCGCUUCACCUUGGCCAGGAGUAUCUUCUUGCCACUGCGGGUUGUAAUGGUCUUUCACGAGAGGUUGUUGGAAGUGCACACUUAGCUUCACCAGUUCAUCGUGGUAAGACAAAAGGUGCUUAUAGCUGCAAAAAUCCACUAACUAAAAUUUAGUUUCCAUGCUUGACAGAGAUGCAUUUUCUGUAUCCAGAUUUAUUUUUCUCAAUGGAAGUUGCUCCCUGAUGCAGUUUCUUCUUUUUGUUAGUGAUUCAUUCAAUUUUUUUCUCACCCCAAGCUGUUCUCCUAAGACCCAGCGUUUUUCCUGUAGGUUUUUGAGUGCUGUGAAAAGGGCUCUGUUCUGCAAAGUGUAUAAAAAUACAGCAAGUGCAAUUUCCGUUUUGCAUUCAGGGCAUGAGAGUUUAUUAGAAGACUCUGCAAAAUGAUCAACAGGGAAUAUAUGAAGUGGAAAAAUGGAGUAGCACAGAGCAGGACCUCAGAGCAGGAUGUGCAAGAGCAUCCAGGACUGUGCAGCAGUUGCCUAGUGGCAAGUUUGAGUAGUUUAGGCUGAGAUUUGGGGAAAGUGUAUGCUUGUGUUACAUUGCUUGUAAUGAAUUAACAACAUUAAUAUAUUAAGCCGCGGUGGGAAAUGGAAACAAAACAGACAAACGCUUACACAACUUAUUUCUGUCAUCUGGUUUUACUUAACUUAAACGUUGUCAUGCGUUUGCCUUAAGGGAGGUAGAAACUUGAGCACCGUAAUUGUAUGUAAAGUACUGUGUUCUAAAUGCAGCAUUUCCACGCUGGAAUUGCUAAUUGCUCCGUCACAACAUUGUGCCUGUGUUUAAAUAGCUGGGUGACAACUGUACUGACACACCUGAGAGAAACACUGGAGGUCCGGAGUCAAAAACUACCGAGCCGCUGCGUUGUUUGUAGUCUUAGAGCAUCACUUGUACAUCCCCGUGGUACGUACUCGCACGCUUCAGAUACAGCAGAAAUGUUUUCAUUGCUCAGAGGUGUUUAUUUUUUCAGUUUCUUUUUUGGCAGUACAAAGCUCUCCUGGUGCAGCAUCCCCUGAGAAGUGUUAGAGCAGUCGUGGAGAAUGGUAGUGAAGUUACUUAUUUAACAGCUUCGGCAUCGCUCCGGUGAUUUCUGUCCUGUCCCACUGCUCACUCUGCCUGUGCUUCAAGAAUAGCUGCGAGUUUCUAUGUUAAAUUCUCUUCAGGUAUCAAUAUCACAGAUUUCAGUAAGAUUAUAAAAAUCAGUGCAGAACUUUGGGGUUUCUUAUGGUAACGCAAUUAAGCAAUACCUCAGAGAGCUGAGCUCUCGGAGGACAGCAAGGGGCCAGCACGCCUGGCAGCACGUACCGUCCUUUUCUUCAGCCUGCAGAAUUGUCACUCAACCUCUCUGAUGGUAUUUGGAGUACAGGGACAGCGAGUAUGGUGCCUGUGAUUUCUGAGAAUCACCCUGCAAUCCAUCCGGCACUGGGACUCUCUUAACUUAUUUUGCCAUCCCUAUUUAACUGGACGUGACACCUACCACCGUGGAGACGAAUAUGGCAAAAUCAAGAUCAUCAUAGCAAGUCUUGCACUAGCAGAAAUUUUCAAGGCCACACUGGCCAUAGGAGAGAGACUUUUUAAAUUCCAAACUCAGGCUUUUAAUCCAACUUGAAUUUUUAAAUCCAAAGGCACUGAAGUUGUGCUUUUCUGUGACUAAAGGCCCCGUUUCUGGCUGUUGAGGCAUACCUCCAGCAGUCUCGGCUCCGGACAGCAGGCUGGCUGGAAGCUGGCUGGCUCUGAAGAGCUUACACCCUCUGCAGGCUUUUAGCACCAGGAGAUCACAGCUUCCAGCACUGAGCUGUUAAGCUCUGCUGCUGACCCACGGCACCAUUUCUUGGUGUUGGUAAACGGGAAUCAAACCUUUCCCUGGUGCUCCCAAAUUUCUCUCCCCGUUUCUAAUCGUCUAACUUUGCCAAACUUUAACUGUAUCUAGGCUGAAAUGUUUCGUGUUGGGCUUAAGGUUCAAUUCUCUCUGGGAAGUUCAGUCCACAGAGUGCAUUUUCUUUCGAAAGCAGGAUAGGUUAGGAUGCGGUGGUCUUUUGCCUGAGUUCAAAAUGCUCUCAAAGAUGUCUGUGAAAUCUUCUGUCACGUCAGUGCUUUGGGAUGAGCACUCCAGUUUAGGCAGGGGAACUGACCUCUGUGUAAGGGAUGCGUGCUCUGUUUCACUGUUGCCAUUCCAAGUUGGCCAAAUAUACUAGUGUUUGCAAAAAACAGCAUGUGCUCAGUAAAAGUGGUUUUGGUAUGUGUGUCUGUCUUUAUUUUGUACCAAGUAAAACCUGCCUUGCUUUUCUCUUCAGCGAGCAUGCUCAGACCUCUGCCUUCCCCACAGGAAAGCUCGGUGCGGUGUAAGGCACACAGCAUUGGGAACCAAAGCCACAUAUGUACCACGAGGAGCUGCCAUCCCUGCACUGCCACUGAUGCCUUCUCCUCCAGCCCCACGCUGCCUAAGGAAUUUCUUAAUUGCCCCACAGCUUAAUUGCCCCAGCAGCACCCGAGGUGGGAGCAGCACUCUCCUGCUUAGCUUUUACAAGGUUCUUCCCCCCCAUUGCCCCCCAGUACUGUCAAGCUUGGCUUGCGAGUAAAAGGGGUGAUGUGGGAGCUGCCUGAUCCAGCUGGCUGUGCCCUGGGUGCAUUCGGAGCGCCUUUGCGAGCCCCUGUGCAGCAGGCAUUAAUACCCGCAGACGGAACAGAUGGGUCUGGAGGAGGCCCUCGUCUGUGCCCUUGGCUCCAGUAACAGAUGUUUGCACUUCGGAUUUAGAAGCGCCAGUGCUAGCAGUGACUCAUGUGCGUAUCACUGACAUCUGUUGUUCCCAAAGAAUAUGCAAUAACCUCGGUUGGAAGGGACCCACAAGGAUCAUCGAGCCCAAGGACCAUCGAGUUCUCAGUAUGAGCUUUUAAAAACAAAAACAAAACAAGAAGCCUCUUGUAGGUGCACACACCAUUACAGAGACAUUAAAUGUCUGUGUGGUGAAGUCAGGUACUGAAGGAAAACUGCUGCCUCCUCUUCCAUGCUCCUCGACAGCUGUAUGUGUAUCGCAGGUGGUUUUUCCCAUGAGGUGGCCCUGUCUGGGGAGGAACCGAUCCCGCAUGAAGCCCGGCACUUGCAGAAGGGCCGCAGCAGGAGUCAGUGUGUGUCAGGGGGUGCCGGUGGCUUGCAGGGUGACCCUGAGCCCCCGAGGUGAGCUGGCUGGGGAAAGGGCAAGCGUGCGGUGGCACUGCUGUGUUCUGUGUCUCAGUGGCUCAAAGCCAACGAAGUCAGGUUUUUAGCAGAUACAGAGAAAUGCCACGUGAACUAGAAGCCCCGUAUCUUCGAGAAUUUGCCUCAUUGUGCCUCAAAACAGAGGUGGAAAGAGGAGAUGGAGGUGGUGCACAGCAGCGUGAGCAGCGGUGUGGGGGACAGGCAAUCGAGCUAUGGACAAUACUGGCAUGGGAAUGUACAUGGGCAGUGAAUCGCUUUAGCCUGGAAGUUGGAACAAGGUGUUUUUUUUCUUUAAACCAUGAGACCAGUGCGGGGGCUCUGAAGGAGGCUUCCAAAUAGAGCAGGAAAGGAGGGAAAAAAAAGACAGCUCCUUUUAGGAGACAACUCCACUAAUUUAGAAAUGGAAAGGAAUUGCUAGAGUAGACAGCCACGCGAAGGCAACAGGUGAAGCCGUGUGAUCCAGGAGCCCUGUGGCCUGUGGAAAGUUCCACACUGACUGCUGAAGCCUUCUGAAAAAUCAGCUGUAAUGUUACAAAAAGAGCCAAGCCUGUGGCUUACAGAUGCUUUGUGCAUUUUUGUUUGUGCUCUGUGAAAAGGAGGUAACGCUGACCUCCACGGAAAUGCUGCAAAAUAGUUUGUUCUGGAAGUCUCUGCAGUGGGUUAACGUCACAUAAAGAUUCCUAGGAAGAAGUCUGGUGAUUUUGUCUUUGCCAGGAUUUGAGUAAAACCUAUUAGAGCUCAGCUGUACAAUAAAUCACGAUGAACAAAACUAACAUCAUAAAUUCAUUUGCCCUGCUUUCUGAGAGGAACCGAGUGGAAAGGGAAAAUGGUCUGUGUUUGUGUAAACACAAGCCAUGUGCAUGUUUACUUGCAAUGGGUAAAAAUCCAGCUGUGUAUCCAAGCACGUGGCCAUACAGCCCUAAUACUGCCCUAAUUGUGGAUGAGCUGCCCUUAAUGCUUUGUUACGAAUUUGUAAAAUUAGUCUCGUCUUGCUAAUUUAUGCGCAUGCAUGAAACAGGUAUUUUCAGCUAUGUUUUAGCGAGCAUUUAAACCACAGGAAAGAGCCUUUGUUAAAAUAAUGUGAGAGGGCUGUAAGAGAUCAGCCUAAGUACAGAAGAGGCCUAUCUGAUGGAAGUUUUGGAAACUUUUCCUCAGCUUAUCAUAAUCAUUGCAGCUACUGCUUGUGAAGAGAUGACUUAGGUGAAUUGUCUCUCUUCCCCCCCCCCCCGCCCCAAACCAGUUUACAAACAGGCAGCGAUACCUAACUUUAUCUCAGAUGUUUUGAGGGCAAUAGGAUGUGACAUAUGUCACCUGUCCCAAGCUGUUCUUCAACUCAUUAAGGAUGGAGACUUCAUAGCCCCAGCAGUAUGCUGCCUGUUAAAAGAUCUCUCUGCUGUCUACCUGAAUCAUUCCUCCUUCAGCUUAAGCCUUUUACUUCUCUUACUGGAUGCAGAAAACAGUCUGCCACCACUUGCCUUACCAACUUUGUUAACCGUGUCUGAUCAGAAGCACACAAUUAUAUGAUUCUUUUUUUUUUUUUUUUUUUUAAGACAACAGCAACAACAAAGCAUUAAUCAGCUUCCAAACCUAUUAGUUUCCAGUUCGGGCCUCAAUUUUACAGUUCUUGUUCUGAUGGAGCAAUUUGAGGUUCAUUUAUCCUUUCAUAUUGAGCAACUUCCCUACUCCACACUCAAGCUGCCGAAUCACUCCAAGGUCUGCCUUAAUGCCACCAUAUCAGAUGACCAGGUAAAUAUUUUAGUUGCUUAUAUAACUCCAAAUUCUCACAUGAAAAGAGGUGCUUUUGCUUACCUGUCUUGCCUGUUCCAAAUUGUUUUUGUUUUGUUGUUCUUUUGAUAUAAGGUGCAUAUAACAGGCUCCAGCCUCGAGUUGCUUCUUUCUGAUCAAGUGACUGUAGUUAUAUCAGCAACAAAUGAGGAAUCAUUUUAUAUGAAUUUCAUUUUGCAUCAUAAAUUGUAAAUUGGGUGCCAUAGCUUGCUAUUAAUUCUCACUAAAUUCUUACUAAAAUAUUUGUUAGCUGGCUCUUCUAGGAACUUACAGUCAAAGCAGUUACAUUCACAUUGGGAGUAUCUAGCCAGUAUUACUUAAACUUUGUUUCUUGACAGAUAAGGAGUUAACCUUUAUCUCUUGUCAACAUUUUAUGUGUAGCAGUCUUGAUACUUCCAUGGAAAACAGACAUCUUGCUGCUUUUGGCUCCCCACUGUAGGUCAGUGUGUCGUCUGUGAACUGCUCAUGUUAACCGUGAAGGCAACAGCUAGCAAGCAGUUCUAAAACUGAACAGCCUUGGCUCAAUUUUAAACUGAUUUCAGGUUGUGUGGCUGUGGAAGCACGCCCAGUCAUGGCAGUACCUCUGGCUCUGCAAAUUCCUGGCUGUGAGGAGCUCCAGGUCUGAGCCCCUCCGCUCCCCGCUGCGGCUGCAGUGCUCCUCAGCGACAUGGAGACAGAGAAUAAAACCCAUUUACAGGCUACAGAGCAGAGGAGUGAUGCCCCAGUUCUCGUGUCAAAAAGCCCAUAGCUCUGAAUAGGUAGGCUGUGCUCUGAUAAAGUUUAUUAUUAAAAUCUUAAAUAUUGCAUGGUAGUGGGUUAGGUGGGAGGGGAGUCUCCUGUGAUGCUACAAACCUGACAGAAUAAUUUAGAGACAGGCAUUUAAUUAAGAGAACAUUUUCCUCUUCUAACGACGCUCUGCUGAAUGCAGAAGCAGUGUAAGGCCCUGCGGAAUGAUUCCCAAGACUGAUUUUUGAAUUUCUGCAGGGUUUCAUCUACAUAUGAAAAGAUAAUUCCGUAUUUAGUGGUUUUAAACCAGCGAGGGUAAAAAUUUUCUGGGGAAGUUGAUAGCUCCUCUUUACACUGAAACAGCUGUAGGACUAGAAGCAUUUUAAGUUUGAGCCAUAAUUUGAACACCUGUAAUGGCAUAGCUGCAAUUUGCACGGAGCAAUGUUUGCAUCCUUUGGACAGUUAGGUUUUGGAGUAACGGCCUGAAGGUAAAAAUUGGGUCGAUUACUGCAAUCAAGUAUUUUCAUACUUUCAUAGUAUUACUGUAUAAAAAAAGCUUGAACGUCUACAAGAAAAAAAAUCCAUAUCCAUUGUCACAAAUUGUGUUGGAUAAACGCCCAGAAUGGACCACCACUUUUUUUUUCUAAUGGUUGUGCAAUUUUUUUCCAUGCUGCUGCCUUUGCUUCGCCUGGCUAUAGCAGUAGCUUUGUUGAAGCUUGCAGCUAAGCGAUGGCUUUCAGUAACCUGAGGGUAGAUUUGUUCACAUUUGCCCAUAAUAACAGAUGGCUCCUUCCUAGCAAAGGGAGAAGCACAGAAAUUUGAUGGUGUUAUUCCCUGCUCCCCCCUUCCUAAAUACCAGUCCUCAGGGUAAACCAUACUUUAUCUGUAUUUGCAGUAGGGUUUUACCAACGUGCUUGUUGCUCAUGCUGAGGAGACUCCCUGGUGUAGCCAAUUGACUAAACAAAACUGUACCUAAAUCCCCUGCGAUUUCCUCCCUGCAGCUGCUUUAAAUUGCUCAGUGCUACUAUUUACAUGGGGUCCAAAGCUGAAUUGCUACCUUUGGUUGAAACAGAACAGAAAAAUACAGUCGAGAGCCAGUUGUUCAUACAAUGGAAGUGGCAUUGUGCUUUUUGGGUAGUGAUGGACCAGUCUGGAAGCAGAAGGUUGUUGAUCCCCACCUGCGAGGGUGCAACUCUGCUCCUGCCCCAGGCACCCCUCCAGGAGGCUGUCUGAGCACAGCAAAGCUCACCAGGGGAGCUCUGCCUCCUGCCACCAUUUCAGAAACCAAAUACAAGAGAAGCAAUUUUCUGCGCAGGGUGAAGGGUAUGACUAAGCACACAAGAGCUCUCUUCUCUUUUAGUACAAUGACUAAAAGCUCUGUUGGAAAGACAAGGCUGGGGCUCCUAUUUAGAAACUGGGGCGUUUCAGCUUGGUAUUUAAAAUUUUGUGUCAUAACCCAAGUUUCUGACUGUAACUGGGGCAUGUGUGUAAUUACUCAGCCUCUCUAGAAUAAAGCAUGUUUUCUGAAGAUUACAGCUGAUUAUGCUUCCAUUUUUCAGAGUGUAUGUCAUCAUUUAGUAUUUAAAUACAAUUCUUGUUCCAUAACAAGAGAGCAGACUUGAUUUUAAGUUUUUAAAUAGACACGGAUUUGAUCAUUUUAUUUCAUUAAUCAGAUGGCUCAGAACACUUAAACAGUGUAUUUAGAAAAAAGUCACAUUUCAAGCAUUACACUGCACAAAACUGGACUUUUUU